GGAGAGUGACCAUAUUUGGAGAAGAGGGUUGAGCUGGAAUUCCGUCUUUUCGCCUUUUGGGAUCUUUUCAGAUCUCUUUUCUACACGCACAUGACGGAGCGCGUACGCGACUGUUUCCCGGAAGAAAAAAGUUUCUUUGCCAGCACAUAGAGAAACAUGUCUUUAUUUCCAGACCUGAGUUGUCCUAAAGUCUCUCUUUCAAACGGAUUACAAAUCCCAAUACUUGGAUUGGGUACAUCUUAUCAUGGAGGAUAUUCCCAUGAGGCCAUUGUGUAUGCUCUGAAUGACUGUGGCAUGCGUCACAUUGACACAGCAAAGCGGUAUGGCUGUGAGGAGAAUCUGGGCAAAGCAAUCAAAGAGAGUGGGCUCCCACGAAGUGAUGUUUGGAUCACCAACAAACUGUGGCAUGCCGACUAUGGAUACAAAAGUGCAAAAGCAGCCUGCCUUAAGUCCUGCUCACUGAUGGGGGUUCAAUACUUUGAUCUGUACUUGAUGCAUUGGCCGGAGGCACAGCAACCCAGUUGUUCCAACAGAGAGAUGAGAGCUGAGACGUGGAGAUCUUUGGAGGAACUUUAUGAAGAAGGAAUCUGCCGUUCCAUUGGCGUGAGCAACUUCCUCAUCCACCACCUGGAGCAGCUGAAAGAAGACUGUAGUGUGGUGCCACAUGUUAACCAGGUAGAGUACCAUCCCUUCCAGCAACCCAAUGACCUGAUAGAGUACUGUCGUAAGGAGGGGAUUGUGUUUGAAGGCUACAGCCCUCUGGCCAAAGGUCAAGUCUUCAAGAAUCCUAUUGUGCAACAGAUCGCGGAAAAGCACAAAAGAACGCAAGCUCAGAUCUGCAUCCGCUGGAGCAUUCAGAAUGGAGUUGUCACAAUACCGAAGUCUGUCAAAAAAAACAGGAUAUGGGAAAACUGUCAAGUGUUUGGGUUCCAGCUGGAUGAGGCGGACAUGGUUGCUUUAGGAGGCUUACACGACGGAAGACACGUAUCUUGGGAUCCAACAAAUGUGCAUUGAUUUUAUGAUCCAGGUUUAGUAGGAAAUGGUUGGGAAGCAUCAAGUAGAAAGUAAUAAUGAUUGAAAUGUUGUUUUAAUUUUAGCUUUAGAUACAAUAAAUUAUAUUUCUCUAAAA